AUGGACGAUAAUAAUAAGAAUAAUAUAAAUAAUAGUAAUAAUGAUUUAUCGGAUAGUCAGAAUAAUGUUCAAAUAAAAGAAUGUAGUAAUGAAUGUAAAAAAAGUAGUCAAUGCGAAAAAUGUGGUCUAUGUAAACUAGUACCAGAAAAAAUACCACUAUAUGGACCAUAUACAGUUAGAGGUUUGGAGCCAAAUACACAGUAUUAUUAUUGCACUUGUGGUAAAACAACAAUCCAACAACCGUUAUGUGAUCAAAAAACUUGUAUUGGAACCGAUUUUACUCCAAAGCCAUUCACCUUAACAAAAAAACAAACUCUAUAUCUUUUAUGUGGUUGUAGAUACACAGGAAAUCCUCCACACUGCGAUGCGAUUCAUACAAGAGUACCAUUUAACCCUCAAGAUCCACCAUGCAAAUGUGAUAAAAAUGAUAGUGGCAAAACCGAAAGUAUUUGUAAAAAAGCGACUGAUUGGUAA